UUCCUUCGACCUGUGCUGUUGUGUUGUAUUUUUGGAGGGCUCUGAGGUGGUGCCAAGCUGCCAUGAAGGGGAAGCAAAGAUGUGUUGGAUCUCAUUUCCUACCUUCAGUUCACUCAAAAAGUUUGCAAAUGGUUAUGAGCCUUCGAGUUUCGGAGCUGCAGGUGCUGCUGGGCUACGCGGGGAGGAACAAGCACGGCCGCAAACACGAACUGCUGACCAAAGCCCUGCACUUGCUGAAGGCUGGCUGCAGCCCCGCCGUCCAGAUGAAAAUCAAAGAACUCUAUAGGAGAAGGUUCCCCCAGAAAAUCAUGACCCCAGCAGACCUGUCCAUCCCCAGCGUGCACUCCAGCUCCAUGCCGGCCACGCUGUCGCCAUCCACCAUUCCACAGCUCGGCUACGACGGCCACCCCGCCACGUCCCCCUUGCUCCCCGUGUCGCUGCUGGGACCCAAACACGAACUGGAACUGCCCCACCUCACCUCGGCCCUGCACCCCGUGCACCCCGACAUCAAACUGCAGAAACUCCCUUUCUACGACUUGUUGGAUGAGCUGAUCAAACCCACCAGCCUCGCCUCGGAUAACAGCCAGAGAUUUCGGGAAACCUGCUUCGCCUUCGCGCUGACGCCGCAGCAAGUGCAGCAGAUCAGCAGCUCCAUGGAUAUUUCUGGGACCAAAUGUGACUUCACAGUACAGGUCCAGCUAAGGUUUUGUUUAUCAGAAACCAGUUGUCCCCAAGAAGAUCACUUCCCACCCAAUCUGUGUGUGAAAGUCAACGGGAAACCGUGCAGCCUCCCGGGCUACCUGCCACCAACCAAAAACGGUGUGGAACCAAAGCGCCCCAGCCGACCCAUCAACAUUACCUCACUGGUCCGACUGUCCACCACGGUGCCCAACACCAUCGUGGUGUCCUGGACUGCAGAGAUUGGCAGGAACUAUUCCAUGGCAGUGUACCUGGUGAAGCAGCUCUCCUCCACGGUGCUCCUGCAGCGGUUGCGGGCCAAGGGAAUCCGGAACCCGGAUCACUCCAGAGCUCUCAUUAAAGAGAAACUAACUGCUGAUCCAGACAGCGAAAUUGCCACAACCAGCUUGAGAGUGUCUCUUCUUUGUCCACUGGGCAAGAUGCGUCUGACCAUCCCGUGCCGGGCGCUGACGUGCUCGCACCUGCAGUGCUUCGAUGCCACGCUCUACAUCCAGAUGAACGAGAAGAAACCCACCUGGGUGUGCCCCGUGUGUGACAAGAAAGCUCCCUACGAGCACCUCAUCAUCGAUGGGUUGUUCAUGGAGAUCCUGAAAUUCUGCACGGAUUGUGACGAGAUCCAGUUCAAGGAGGACGGAUCCUGGGCUCCCAUGAGGAGCAAGAAGGAAGUGCAGGAAGUGACGGCGUCCUACAACGGCGUUGACGGGUGCCUCGGCUCCUCGCUGGAGCACCAGGUGUCGUCGCAGCAGCAGUCCCACCGGAACAAGAAGGUGGAGGUGAUCGACCUGACCAUCGACAGCUCCUCGGACGAGGAGGAGGAGGAGCCCUCGGCCAAGAGGAGCUGUCCCUCCAUAUCCCCGGCGUCUCCCAUCAACAGCAAGGGCAUUUUAAAUUUACCCCACCAAGCUUCUCCCGUGUCGAGAACCCCGAGCCUUCCCGCCGUGGACACCAGCUACAUCAACUCCUCGCUGAUCCAGGACUACAGGCACCCAUUCCACAUGACACCCAUGCCUUACGACCUGCAGGCAGGUUUGGAUUUCUUCCCUUUCCUGUCAGGUGACAAUCAGCAUUACAACACCUCCCUCCUCGCCGCCGCCGCCGCCGCCGUCUCUGCCUCCGACGACCAGGAACUUUUACACUCCCGCUUUUUUCCCUACACCUCAUCCCAAAUGUUCCUGGAUCAGCUGAACGCGGGGGGAAGCGGCUCCCUGCCGGCCACCAACGGCAGCAGCAGCGGCAGCAACAGCAGCCUGGUGUCCUCCAACAGCCUCCGGGAGAACCACGGCCACGCCGUGGCCGGCAGGAGCGCCACGGACACGGCCUCCAUCUUCGGAAAUUCUUUUAAAAUUCAGAGAAAAAAGGAGAGGGAAGGAAUCGAUUCUCUCGUGUCCCAAAGUCAGAGAGAGAGAGAGAAAAUAAAUAUUUCCUCUGGUGUAAAAAAUAUUUUUAUAACAGGUUGAAAGUGCAGGUAAACGAGUUUAUCAGGAAAAAAAAGAGAGUUAAGGAAUACUAAAAUUAGCAGAUUUCUUGUCUGAUUUUUUUUCUUUUUUCUUUUUCUUUUUCACAUCCCAAAAAUAAAAAAAAAACUAUCAAUUGCAAAUAGUCGCUUCAAGCAUCGACAAAGGGCCACCUUUUUUUUUUUGCCUACGAAGUCAAAAAAUUCAUAAUAAAUUGAUUUUAAAAAAAACAACAAAAAAAGAAAAAAAACCAAAAAAAAGGAAAAAAUUAAAAAAAAAAAAUACAAAAAAAAGCAAAAUUAUAAACCUUUAAUCCAAGUAGCAUUAGGUAAUUGCUGUCUGAUCAGUCGUAUUUGAAAAGGUUUCACACCAUAACGUGGCAUCAAAAAAUGGUUUUUAAGUGUUUUUACAGCAUCCCUUCCUCCGCCACUUAAAUAGCUGAAUUUUGGGCAAAAAAAAAAAAAAAAAAGACAAAAAAACGACAAAAAAUACAAAACAACAAAAAAAAAACAACAAAAAAAAGGAAAACUGUUGGUGUUUAUAUGUAUAUGUGUGUGUAUAUAUGUAUUUAUAGAUCCGUGUGCGUGAGUUCCAGGUGAGUUUCCAUAGGUUUUUUGGGUUUUUUGGGUUUUUUUUUCGUUUGUUUGUUUGUUUUUUUUCCUCCCCCUAUGCAUGUUGUAUUUCAUACAUAUCUGGCUGAUAUAUAUUCUAUUUCACCCCUUACACCGAUUUUAUAAUUUAUUAAAUGUCAGUUGGAAAAAAAGAAAAAAAAACAUAAAAAAGGAAG